AUGGGGAUUUCGUUGAGGCGAAGAUGCUUCUCGAAUGCAAUCCUUGCCUCGCCAAGCACUCUACGUCUCUACCUUUCCGCUGAAGGACACAACAAGAUCGUUGAAGUGUUGCUUGAGAACAGAGCUGCUGUGAGGGGGGUUUACUCUAUUGCGGCCAUGUAUUCGAUUCAGGGAGCAUGUAAAGAAGAAGGAAGAAAAUAUGUAACAGUCGAUGAGCUGCUCCGAGUGAUAAAUUACUCCAAAAGGCAGUGCUUCAGUACCAGAUUCUGUAAAGGAAGAGCUUUUGAACAGAUUUCAACAUUCAUUCUAUCAGCUGCUCCUUGA